CUCAGGAGCCUCUAUGCCUCCCUUAUCUCUCUCUCUCUCUCGCAGACCAAAACGAGCCGUUUUGAUUCUAUAACCACAAAUCCGCGUUUCCUCUGUUGUUUCAGAUCUCCAAGACCUUUUCGUUCGAUCAUCACAACAACGCCGUCUACGUGACCUUAAUCUUCUCCUUCAAAUCCCUUACGCAAUCCAAUUUUGAGAUAGUUUUCUCUCACAAUUUGCUGACAAAUCGUAUUCGAAGAAGGUAAUCCAGUGUUUGGUGUUCUGUGAGUGAAUUGGAGAUGGUGGGAGGAGGUAGCAGGAGGGACGAGUCGGUUGUGUUGAACAGCACCAACGUGUUUGCGGCGCUUGGGAGUUUGAGGAAGAAGAAGAAGAACUCUGACAAGGAGGGCACUUCGAAGAGCAAAGACAAGAAGGGCGCUGCAUCAUCGGAGAAGGAGCCUGCAAAGGAGGUCUUUUGGGCUCCUGCGCCUCUCACUGUCAAGUCCUGGGCUGAUGUGGACGAUGAAGAUGAUGAUGAUUACUAUGCAACCACUGCCCCGCCUGCAUCUGUCUGGGGCGACACCGAUACCAAGGCCAACGAGGAGACUUCUGAGCCUGUUGUGGAGGAAAGUGAAAGCGAGGAAGAUCUUGAGGAAGCUGAUGAUGAUGUUGAUGAAGAACAUGAACAUGAACCUGAGGCACCAGUUGAAGUGGAGCCGGUUGUUAAGAAGCCCACUGAAGCUCCUUUGGUUCAUAAGGAUACAGAUAGACAGCUCUCAAAGAAGGAAUUAAAGAAAAAGGAACUCGAAGAACUCGAAGCUGUUCUUGCUGAACUUGGACUACAGAAGAAUGCCAAUGCUCAAGAUGAGCCCCAUGUAGGUACUGCACAGAAUAAGAAAGCUGACAUUGACGGAGAGAUGGAAAAGAAGGAGAAUUCCCCUGGAGAGAGCAAAACUUCAAAAAAGAAGAAAAAGAAGGAUAAAUCAUCGAAGGAGCCAAAAGAAUCCGAGAACCAGCCAGAUGAUAAAGAUGUUGGAAAUGGGACUGACGAUGCUGCUGGGACUGAGAAGGCAGAGGAUACAUCGGCUCCUGAUGUGAAAGACCGAUUGAAGAAAUUGGCCUCUUCAAAGAAGAAGAAAUCUAGUAAAGAGAUGGAUGCUGCAGCCCGAGCUGCUGCUAGUGAAGCUGCUGCAAGGAAUGCAAGGCUAGCUGCUGCAAAGAAAAAGGAAAAGAAUCAUUACAAUCAACAGCCUGUGCGGUAAUGAUUCUUACACCAAAAGAAAACAGCUGGUCCGGUAAAAGCUGGAAGUGAGUUUUUUUUCCUUGACCAUCAUGCUUGUGAACUUGUAUCUCGUUCUUUUUGUUAGUGCAAAAUAAACCUUCGGGUCCAAUUUUGCAAAGAAAAUUUUCAACAGUUGCUUGUGGAAAGAGUAGUGUCUUUUUGUUAAAUUAUCAUUGAUGGACUGAUCCAAAUCUUACCAGCCUGACAUUUUUUUUGCACCGGUUUCUUUGUCAUAAGUCAUACCCCUGGAACCUGAUGAAUAUGCCAGAGCAUGGAAUGUUUGGAUACUAUGUUAUAAGAAUGGUCACGAAUUUAUUCA